GGUGAAUGAAAAUUAGCUGCAACAUAGAUUAUCUGUCUUUCGUAUCCAAUGGAAAUUUUUUCAUAGAUCAUUUAUGUGCAACACACAACCCUACAGCUUUGUUUGCUGGAUUUCUUAGUUUAGAAAACUAUCGACUUGACUGACAGGUCACACACAGGGCAGGUGACAACUUCUCAACAAAUCGUUUAACAAAAUGGAUAGCAGAUCGUCAGGUACAUCAAGACUAAAAUGGACCGAAUCAAAGACUGGAAACAAAAUGUUUACAUGUAGUUUACAAUUCGAUGAAUCUAGUGAUGAUGACAUAGAGAAAUUGAUGACGCCCAGCUCCAAGAGGAAAUUAGAAACCUCCUUCCCUCGCGAUUCUCCAAUGGAACAAUAUGUAUCCCCUUGUUUUCAGGAAUUAUUUCAGAGCAAUGGACCCCGGCCAAAACGUUUCCGUUCAUUUGAAGGUCGCAAAAAUCUGUUUCAAGCCACUAUUCAGAGCCAGAAUGAAGAUGCACACAAUGAUUACAAAGAGAACAUUCCUCACGAGCAAACGAACAAAACUGGAGACGAGCAGUAUCUCCUUAGUCUACCCACCAUUUCAGGAAAUGUCCGCGAUCUUCACAACAUAACGCCACAAACUCUGUUUGAUCUAAUGCAGGACUCAUUCAAAGACGUCAUCAAAACGUUCCGCAUCAUUGACUGCAGGUACCCUUACGAAUAUGCUGGUGGUCAUAUAAAGGGCGCUGAGAAUAUUUUUACAGAAGAGGGUAUACUCCAACUGCUUCAUCAAAAGAGAACCCAUUGCGAGAACGAGCGUCACAUACUCGUUUUCCACUGUGAGUUUUCCUCGGAGAGGGGUCCCAAAAAAUGUCGCUUUUUACGGAACAAAGAUCGUCAAUUAAACAAAGAUAAAUACCCUAAUCUAAACCACCCCGAAGUCUAUCUGUUACAGGGCGGAUAUAAAGCUUUCUUUCAGAGUUACAAGGAGCUAUGUGAACCCCCUUCCUAUGUACCCAUGUUACACGAGGAUCAUGCUAAUGACAUGAGGGUGUUCCGAAGGAAAUCAAAGUCUUGGACGGCGGGCGAGAAGAAACAAUAUGCACUCAUGAAUAUUCAGAUUUAAAGGAACAUUCUGUAUAAUUGCUCCUUGUUUGUAAAUAGUGCUAUCAAUUUAUACCCGAGAUUUAUCGGAAAUUUUCUGUCUGUAGGAAUUUUUGUUUCUUCUGGACAUUAUUUCAAGAAAGUUUCUCCAGGCAGAACAAUUUUUAUUAUUUUUAAUGUUUUAAUAGAGAGAGACUUGCUUUUAGUUAUUGGAAUCAGUUUUGAUGAAUAUGUAAGCAUCGGAAAUCAAAUGCCAACUGCUCUACAAAUUCGUUGUCCUGAUCGUAUCCAUGAGAGUCUUUAUAAAGACAUGUAUCAACCAAAUUGUUCAUCAUAUUUU